AUGAGCUCCUACCUGGAGUACGUGACCUGCGGCGGCGGCGACGUGCUCAGCUUCGCACCCAAGUUCUGCCGCGCUGACGCCCGACCCGUGGCGCUCCAGCCCACCUUCACCCUGGGCAGUGGUGACGGCGCCUUCGUCAGCUGCCUGCCCCUGGUCGCCACCCGACCCGCGCCUUCGCCCCCAACUGCCCCCGCCUCAUCCCCGGCCGCGCCCCGGUACGCGCCGUGUACCCUGGAAGGGGCCUACGAACGGGGCGCCGCACCUGCGGCGGCGGCGGCGGCGGGAGGCGCGGACUAUGGCUUCUUGGGGUCCGGGCCCUCGUACGACUUCCCGGGAGCGCUCGGGCGAGCAGCCGACGACAGCGGGGCGCACGUCCACUACGCCACCUCGGCCGUCUUCUCCAGCGGUGGCUCCUUCCUGCUCAGCGGCCAAGUGGAUUACGCGGCCUUCGGCGAGCCUGGCCCCAUCCCUGCGUGUCUCAAAGAGCCAGCCGACGGCCACCCAGGAGCCUUCCAGACUGCAUCCCCGGCCCCUGGCGCCUAUCCCAAGGCCGUCUCUCCCACCUCGGGCCUCCCUGCCGCCUUCAGCACGUUCGAGUGGAUGAAAGUGAAGAGGAACGCCCCUAAGAAAAGUAAACUCGCAGAGUGUGGAGCCGCCAGCCCAUCCAGCGCCAUCCGCACGAAUUUCAGCACCAAGCAACUGACAGAACUGGAGAAAGAGUUUCAUUUCAAUAAGUACUUGACUCGAGCUCGACGCAUCGAGAUAGCCAACUGCUUGCAUCUGAAUGACACCCAAGUAAAAAUCUGGUUCCAGAACCGCAGGAUGAAACAGAAGAAAAGGGAAAGGGAAGGGCUUCUGGCCGCAGCCACCUCUGUGGCCUCCCUCCAACUUCCCCUCUCAGGAAUGAGCCCCAUCAAGUCUGGCAGGAACCCUGGAAGCCCUUCUCAGGCCCAAGAGCCUUCAUGA